AGUAAGAAGUUAGAAAGAUUGAGUGGUAUAAAAGAGGACACCAAAUUAAAGGCGAAGUACGUCUUUAAAAUAUGGACAGAAGAAAUGACCUCCACAUCUUUGAAUGUUUGUCAAGCAAACCAGGAAAAUCUAGGUAAGGACGUGGGGCAAGACCGAGAAAAUGUAUACAAAGUACGUUUGGAACCGUUGCCAAUGUCAAACAGAACGGAGCUGUUUAAAGAGGUCGCCACUGGAGGCCGAUGGGCACCUACGUCAUGCAAGCCUAGGGAUCACGUGGCGAUCAUCAUCCCUUACCGUGAUAGACAAAAACACUUGGAAAUUCUCCUCCUAAAUCUACACCCUUUUCUACAAAGCCAAAAGUGCCACUACCAGAUAUUCGUCAUUGAACAAGCUCACCCAGAACCUUUUAACACCGGAUAUGCCAAAAAUAUUGGAUUUGUCGAGGCCAGUGCCACGUUUAAUUUCACCUGCUACAUAUUUCACGACGUGGAUAAAAUCCCUAUGAACAAUUCACUGCUCUAUAGAUGUCCGCCUGGCAGAGUUCUUCAUUUUGCCUCCGCUGAGGAUAGGUUUCAGUACAGGCUCCCCUAUAAAAACUACAUCGGAGGAGUUAUUGGAUUCACUCCUGACACAUUCAAAAAGAUAAAUGGGUUUGCUAAUAACUACAUAGGAUGGGGUGGUGAUGACGACGACAUUUUUCUAAGGAGUGUAUAUCAAAAGGUUCCUAUUGAGCAUGCCAACAAUCGUUUGGGCGUGUACAGAGUUUUAAACCAUCCGCGGUUGCCUGGUGACGUAUACAUGGAAAAAGGUCCCAUGCUCCAGUUUGCACCGCAACUGUAUAGGCACUACGGGCCUUGGGACAGUGGACUUACUACGCUGAAUUACACCCUGCUAGCAACAGAGCAUCGACCAACUUACACGUGGAUCAAAUUUAAUGUCGAUCAGGCCAGCAUGAUGAAGAACGUGUGGAAAGGCAUAAUGGACGGCAGGUUUGACAAAACGACCAAUAGUACAUACUGGAAAAUUAACGAGCAACGGGCUUUCCAAAUGUUUCCUAAAACUGAGUGGAAAGGCGGAAAGGGGAGGUAGAAAAAACAGAAAACAUAAAGAAGCCCAAUUCUCACGUACAUUAUAUUACAAAUGACGUCUUGAUCUUCCCGUCUGACAAUGUUCUUUCAGUUUAGAACAUCACUUAAAGGUGCUGUCCUUUAAAUGCUAAGGCUUUCUCUUUUUUUAACCAGUUCGAAGACUACUUCUUUCAAAGGGUCCAAAGGGUUUCUAAGGAAUUUUUAUCCAUCUGUUUUUGCUCAUUUUAACAAAAGAAAAAA